AGGCUGUGUAUUAGAAAGAAAGUCAUCAGGACGAUGUAAAGGAGGUACCCAGAUGAUGUACAGCAGGUUUGGUAAAUAAAUGUUUAUACAGGAGAUACUUGGAAGCAGAAGUCAAGAUCGCUUGCAAGAACCUUUUGGGAAACAAUCCGACCUACCCCUCUAGCCCCACUAUGGAGGGCAAUAACAAGAGCUCAACAAUCAAGAGCCCUUGCAAGCUCCUUCAACAUUUCCGAAGCAUUUUCUUGACACUCAUUGCCCAUAAUGAUCAACUUCGGCGUUGUAGGCACGGGCUGGAUCACAGAGUCAUUCAUCGCCGGCGCUCAUAACACCAAAAAGUGGCAACUCGCAGCCGUCUUUUCCCGCAAACAAGCCACCGCGACAGAAUUCGCAAGCAAAUACAACGUUUCGACAACAUAUACCUCUCUUGAAUCCCUUGGGGCCGACUCAGAUAUCCGAGUAGUGUACAUUGCCUCUCCCAACUCGCUCCACUUCUCGCAAGCCUCCAUACUCCUCCGUGCGAAGAAGCACGUCAUUCUUGAGAAACCCCUUGCCUCAAACUCCGCCGAGCUCGAUUCCCUAUUCACGCUCGCAAAGGAGAACGAUGUCUUCUUAAUCGAAGCAUUUCGCCAUAUCCACGAAGUGAACUUCCGUGUCUUGCAAUCCAACCUUGCGCGCCUAGGCCCUAUCUACGGCGCAUCGUUGAACUACGCGUCAUACUCUAGCAGAUACAACAAGGUGCUCGACGGCGAAGUGCCCAAUAUCUUCUCGCUCGAGUACUCUGGUGGCUCACUCGCGGAUCUGGGCGUGUAUCCGAUCGCUGCAGCCGUCGCGCUGUUUGGCGAGCCUCAGAAAUGCAUAUACAAGCCUGUUAUAAUUGCUACCGGAGCGGACGGUGGGGGCGUGAUACUCCUAGAGUACGACACGUUCGGCGUGAGUGUCAAUGCGAGCAAGAUAUACACGAGCACGGCGCCGAGUGAGGUAUACGGCGAGAAGGGGACUCUAGUGAUCAAUGCUGUAACGGACAUUGACAGCGUAAAAUUCUUGGAUGCAAAAAGGAAGAACACUGAAGAAUUGGCACAGGAGAAGGCGGAGCAGAAUCUGCAGGAAGAGGCGGAUGUAUAUGCAGACUGGAUCGAGAAGAAGGAUAUCAAGGCGGUAGGAAUACAGGAGCAGAUUAGUAGAGCGGUGUUGAGGUCAACGGAGAAGAUGAGGAAGGAUAAUGGUCUCAUUUUUGCGACUGAGAAGUAAUGAUAGGGUAAUGGAGCAUCAUACAUAAUAACUAAACGACAUGGCACACUUAUCAAUACAG